UCACUGCUCAUGCGCAGAUUUUUUAUCAGCAAAAAAUCAGCCGAUUUGCCCACUAUUGCCGCGAAAAUCGGCCGAUCGGCAAAAUCGGCCGAUUUUUUUUUCCAACUUUACAGAACAAAAAAAAAACGGCCAAAAUACCGAAAAACAGCCAACCAAAUAGCCCACUAACGAUCCGAAAAAAAUCGGCCGAUUUUCGACCCAUUUUCGGAUUUUCGACCCAUCUAUGGCCUAGUGGAAACAAGCUCAUAGGGAGAAACAAGAGUAAAUAUUGUAAAAUCUGUAGGUAAAUAUUGUAAAUCUGUG